GCCCGGGCUCCGCCGAGUCACGGUCACCGUGACUCAGGCUCCGAGGCUGGCAUCAUGAUAGGCCCGGGCAGGCUACUACUACCAGAUCAUUCAAGUUUAGUCCGUUGGACGCCAUGCUCCCACCGGGGCCUCCCCACCGGGGUAUAGUUAGUAUGAGUUGAAGCGCCAGUGGGGCUAACUGCGGUUAUUGUGGCUUAUCCUUGUACCGUAUCUACCUACGGUACGGUACCUACGGUAAUAAUACGCCGGUAUGACAUGCUUCGAGAUUUGUGCGGACAGCGUCGAACACACCGACGCCAUCUGGCCUCGGAAGUGAGCACUGCUGAAAGUGGCUUUUUGCAUCGGCACCGAGGUGUCAGGGAAAGAGCCUCUAUCAUUGCCUGGAAUUUGGAAUCCAGGAGUAACACCCGCCAAUUGCAAAACGGAGAAAGCCGGUCGAGGGCGUACAAGCAAAAGCUUUCUGAAGUUAAAACAAUAAUAAACGAUGCCACCUCGGAGGUGCUCGUAUGAGCCCAUCCCGAUUAGAAUCUCAAGCAUGUUUGGCAUAGGUUGAGUAUUACAAUCCCACUGAAAUUAUUUUGAAAGACUAUUCUUGGAGACGGCUGCGCGAAUGGGAUCGAGAACGGCGCAUAUACACAGAAGCUUUAUCACUAGCUCAGAGCAUGCCCUCCUGUGCAGAAACCAAGGCCACUGAAAAAGCCUUUAAUGUUGAUAGUGUGGUAUCGCCAAGACGUCAGGGGCAGAUGGCAGCUUUGCAAGUACAGAUUGGACUUCGCAGAGAAGUUGCCGAGAGGUAGUACUUUGCAACUUGUAGCCGUAUUUACUGAUCAAAUGCAUAGGUACAGUCUGGUCAAUACGUUAUGUCAGGCCAAACAGUCAACUUGUGGUGCGGUGAUUCAUGCCAGGUCCGAGAUGAAAGACCUUAUUUGGCAUCAUGAUGGAGAGGAAGAUGAAAUGAGCAGUAAAGAGUUGAAUAAAACCAAUCUCAAUCGAGUUUGGAUUAUUGGGGUACCAGUUGUCACAACACGAAACCACGCCUUGGGUCUGCUACUCAGUGUGUGAAAGAUAAGGAUCUUAAGAUGAUAUCACGACAAGCAUAGGGGGGGUGUGCUAUCAUGGGGCAUUUGUCACUGGCAAGUCGCUGCACGAGGAGCAUUGGAUAGAUCUCGGUGGUGGUGCUCUUAAGAAGCAAGGUUUCUGUCUUGCCCAGAGGGAUGUAACAUUGCCGUCGAAUGCAAAAGCUGACGCGGCGCUUACAGAGUACACUGUAAGUGGUUCUAGGACUCGUGCUGUCAAUGGAAAGUACAGGUUUGCAGGUUAUUCGGACGAAGUCCCCUAUUUUACUAACGAAAAUAACAUCUCAAUAUUCAUGGCAGUGCCUAAAGGGGACGCCAAGUUUUCAAUUUUUGCCAGAGGCCUUGGUGCGCUGACAGCAGGAUUCCAGGUUGGGUCGGGCAAUCAGUUCAGUAAGUCAGAGGGUAGUCGCAUCGAUGGGGAUGUAGGAAAGCAUCUUUUGGAGCUUAAUGCCACUGGCGUAUCAAAAAUUACAUGCCAGGCAACAGGAGCUAUUUCAGCAGUCGUCAAACCUCAAAGUCGACACCCUGCAAAUAACCUAAUUGGCUUGCGUGAAUAUUCUAAACUGGCGACCCUCGGAUCUGAAAUCGAUCGUAAUAUGGCAUUUGUGAGUGCAGGUAAUGUCCCACCUUUGUGUCUAGACUGGGUGCUGCUAACAUGUCCUAGGCGUUUGACGAAGUGUAGACGACGCCACUACUAUGUUUCCCAGACAGAACGAGACCGGUGGGUCGAAAGGCGCGGGCAAUGUAGGCAGACUUUGGACCUAAAGGUUCUUCGUUGCAUCCUUCGACGCGAAGCCCUACUAGAAAACCUCCACACGGUUGCAUUUGAAACCAAGAAAUCCUAUCUGGAAUUUCACGGUAGCACACGGGGUCUGCUCGCGUCCAUGUUAGUCCUUCUUGACCAGCUACGUGUGGCCGGAGUUGAAUGUGCGGAAAGUAUAGCCUUGUGGAGUAAGCAUUGUGGCCUAAGAAACUGCGACGCUCUCGGUGUACAUCAGAAAGGCAGAUGGAUAGCUACAAUCGAAUCUGAGGGGCAUCGGCUGUGGGGCGAGGUUCCAGCUGUCCAUUCAAAGUUUAGAAGAUAUCAGAGAGACGCACUACCGCCAAAGCGCGCACGAAUUACUAAAUUUCUUGGUAUAUAUGAUCGCCGCGAGGCUGCCAUUCAAGCUCACGAAGCUGCAAGGCCAAGGGUUGCUAUAGAACAACGCAUGUUGAUCAAUGAGCUUCCAGCAUUUGCAGAAAGGGUCUGCUGCAAUGAUGUUCAUGUCCAUGUCAUUGAGAGUAGAGGCUCCAAGCCAUUGGAUCAGCUGGAAGCUAUUGUCUGCACAUGUGUGCCAAAAAGAGAUCUUUCACGUGCCUACUUUUAUGAAGGACGCAAUUACCUCGUCAAGAUGAAUAAAGAUCUCGAUUGGCUAGAUGAGUUUGCUCCCCUUUGCUUUUAUCUAGGCUCAAACUUCUCAUUUAAAAACAAUCCGUUGGUGCUCACAGCUGAGUUUAAGCGGAUGAUGCAUCUAAAUUCUCGUGGACUGUCGAUUGUUCAAAAUAGAAAAGUUGCCAUUUGUGAAGCAGAAAACAUGUUUGGGCAUCCAUCCGGGUUUGUCACUCGUCACAUUGGAGGUGCUCUGAUUUCCUGGAAAGGUGCAACAAAGCUAGGAUGUACCUUUGAGGCUCCAACACCGUGUUUUUGGUCGUAUUAAUCCUUUCCUGUAAAUUGCUCAAUUGUAGGGCAACGAUAUGCAAAGGUCGUCUUCGCAUGUGCUAGAUGGGGUGCGCAUACUGCGAGCUAGCAAAGUCAUCAACGAGAGUCAUGAGUUACCAACCAGGCUUGUGGAUGGUAAAUCACAUAUGGAGAGUCAUCACUCAGAUCGGCAAAUAUGGGCACAAUAUCAACAAUUGCAGGCUAAGUUGAUCAUGCCGCAGGCACGAAGUCCAGUAAAGGCACUCCUCAAUGGUUUGUUCUGUCGUGUCGACUGGGGCAAAUGGAAAGGAGUAGGGAUGAUGGGGCAAGCAACCCGCACAUACUGGAUGCGAAGGCGCCUGAGUGAAGAUAAUGAGCGUCGCAAAGGCGAGCGCGAGCUCAUAGCUACAAAUUUGCGUAAACAAGCAUCACGUGGCCUAUUGCGAAUCCAACCGAACAGUUUGACUACAUUACUAAAUCAAGUGUCCACAACGCGAGGGGCUGGCAGGAUUACUCUCGAUGCAGAUCGGGCUAGAAUGCUCCUGGAAUGCCACGGUAGCGCAGAAGACUGCACCAAAGUCCUGCAACGUUAUGCAAGAGGCAUCCAUAGUCGAUAUCUAUUUGAGAAACGCAAAUUAGAAAUCAACUUAUCCCUCACAAAACAAUGUCAACAGCGUGAAAUGUAUCUAGGAGUUGCCAAAACUUUUGUUAAAGUCCUGCUGGAAACUGCAACGCCGUGUCUGGCACGUAAACUCAUAAAACCGGCACAUAUUUCAAUUAGAAUUUUGAAUGGAUGUCACUACUUUCUUCUAGUCUACAAUCUAAAGCCUCAGCGCAUCCGAACGCAGCCUAGGCACACAUGGUAUCAUCAUCAUCCAUUCAUUAAAUGCGCUGUGCCGAUCUUUGGGCAUGGUUCUUCAGGCAAAGGGGCCGGUCAUGAUUCGGUGGAGCAGGUCAGGCAAUGCCGACUGUGGACAUUUCCUCAGGACAGAUUGCUCAUAACGAGUUUCAACCCCCGAAACCAGGAGACUAAUGCCAAGGAGGUAGAUAGAUCGGACCUCUUGGCACAGUUCAAUCGUGCACAGGCAGGGAGACUCAUACCCCCUUCCAGUGCAACCGCGAAUCUCAAAUCCAAGAUGUGUACACAAAUCAUGCUUGAUGAAACCAGCAACUCAUUUUUUCCUCAUCAGGGCCUUGUGAAUAAUGACAUGUCCUGCUUUAGAGAGAAACUACAUACUGCAGCAGCGCACGAACGUAUACAUAAACAUUCGUGGAUCAAAUCAGUGAUUGAUGCUACUGCAGCUGCUGAUCGUCACAAAGUAGCAAGACUGCGAUUUGAGAAGUUCGCAAUGGCCCACGAGGAGGUGGUAAUGCGGCGGUACCUAUUGAGCUCCACCCCAAGCAGGCGGUGUCUUGACUAGUUUGUGCACAUAUUAUCGCAUGCGGGUAGGUUUUUGAACAAGAUGUUGUAUUUGGAAGCUAUUGCGGACUCUAGAAAUGCUUUAGCCUGGUCUUCUACCGAAACCAUAGCAUUCGAUGCAAUUGAUGCUGUGUCGAGUGAUUGGCGCCAAUCCCAGGAUCUAUUUGAAAAUGGCUCUGAAUGGAAGGCCUUGCGCAUAAAAAGAGUCACUAGAGUGCAAGAAGAGAUAUUGCAAAGAGACCAAGCCACCAAACGACUAAUCAUGUGCGCAUCUCGUGCAGAAAUUGCAUUACAUUUGGUUGAAGAAACUGUGCAAAAAACUCAGAUGGAGCGUGCCAGGGAGGUUCAUGAGCGUGCUGCAUUGCUUUGCGAGGAGAUGCACGCUGCAGCUGUGUGUGCGAGUAUGCGAAACACCUUUACCGUGAAAUUACUACUUAGUCGCUUGACGCUCCGAGGAGUUGCCGCUGUAGGCCUCUGGCGUGCCCGCUGGAACCUAAGGUGGCGAAAACCGGAAUGCAUUUGGAAUACUGUAGAUCGAUGUGUAAAACUUGUGAGGAUGCCUCACCCAGGGCCAGUCUCUUCGAACAUAUCGUCCAAUUUAUUCGCAGCUGGCCACAUCAGCACUGCGCAAUCUACUGCUAACCGAUUUAUCAUCGUGCUGACACAAGACCCAAACUCAAGCACUCUUCUGCUUGUUGGCGAAAGUCCCUCUCGCUCUCUUCAGCGUUUCGAGGUUUUGAUUAGACCUUCAGAGCUUCAAAGCAUCAUCGGAACAGAGAUGCCUAGUCUGAUGAGACUAUAUUGCGAAUUUGGCGAGGUAACGCCCUCUACUGCGUUUAAGAAUAGCACGCUCACAAAAAAUGCAAUAGCGAGACUUAAAACUGCCCAACAAGUUUCGAGUAUACUCUGUUCCCAGCUGCAUUUUGAUGCAUUCACAGGUCUGCCCUGCGUGGGGAAAGUUUGGUAUGCACGCCGACGUGAUUUACUUUUGCGACAACUAUAUCAUGGUGGCAGUUUAGGAAACGUUGAAGACUCGAGCGACGAUUUUCGCGUCGUUUUGGAGGGAAAGGAAUGGGCUCGUAUCGUUGAGUUUGCACAACCUUGUGGACGUUGGUGGUUAGAUGCCUUGGUUGCAAAACGCUCCUUCCAACGUGGUGUGCUUGUUCUUGAUCCCGUGUUUGAUUCUGAAUUUAGCUGUAAGAAGUACUUCUCAGGUCUUUCGAGGGACUUGUCGUGUAGCAAAUCGCAGUUUGAAUAUUAUUGUCUACGAUGCAUGGGGCGAUUUGCGCUUUGAGAGCUAUGACUCUGUGGCAGCGUGCCAUUAUUCCCUAAAUGUUACACUUCCGGCAAUUGUACGAGGCCUCGUGGCGGAAGCAGAGUUCAUUCUGCUUGCACAGCUGCUCUAUGCGGUCACUGUUUGUACUUACCCCUCAAAGCUCAUUCACACCCUAGCUGGGCGUCUGGAUCUCGUGUUACCAGGAGAAGAUAGAGAUUCUAUUGAUAUCCUAGAUUCUUUGCACUUCGUCAGACCCACACGUAGGUGGUGGUGGCGUGCACCGUUGGCUCAUGAAAGACCCCGAAUGAUUUUUCAUGAGGUGACAAUGACAAAGUUUCGUGGACCUGCAUUCACAGAGGAAAUAAAAGUCUCCGCUUGUCCUGCUCACAUUGCACUGUUUGCGGACGGUGCGGGCAAUUGGCGAAUUGCACUGAUUCCCAGUCCAAACGCUCUGGCAGACUCGCAGACACUGUUUCUUGACAUACCGGGCCACAUGCUCAUUGUACUGCUACGGCACUUGAUCAGUGGCCAGGAGAAGCUCAAUCUGAGCAAGCACGGUGCUCCACACAUUGUACAGAGCACAAUUAACAACAUCACUUCUGGACUCAGUUUCCCAAGCUCAAAUCACCACGCGGACUUAUGGGAAUUUAUCAAAUUACGGAUUGAAAUCACAGAUGAAGACUCAGCCCAUAGAAGACCUCCUGGAUUCUGCCGCUCACGACGCAAGCGCAGCGCUUGGUUGGCAAACAAGGCGCUAGCAAGAUUCGAGAGGUGGAUAAAUAGAGAGGAUUCUAUAAUGCAUCCAACAACCACGUCGAGGAUGAUCCGCGAUGCACAUGAAACUCUCAUAGCAAUCGAUGCUAAGACCAGUUCGAUAGAAUCCUAUAAAUCACUCGCCUUGACCCCGUUACCCUGCGACAAUAGUCACGCUCAUAUUGAACACUCAUCCCCGUGGCUACGGAAACCAGUGUUGCCUCAACUUGCGCCUGUGCCGUUUGAGACCCACACUGUACAGAUAAGUCUUGACGAUCAUGGAGACUUUGCCAUCAGAGUAGUACGCGCACAAUUUAAGGAAGUAGUCUCUCGCAUAGUUGGAGCUGAAAAUCAGCAAAUGGUCACAGAAAACAAAUCCUCCCUGAAUGCGAGGGGUGCCUGUGCUCGCGAUCAAGCCAGGACGUGUCUCGCAAAUAAACUGGCGCAGGCUAGAAUUAACAUAACCAAGAGCACAGUCGGUAGAUUCAGUAAAAAAAGUGCGUUCAUUGUGAGCAAAAUCAUUGGACUUAGGCGCUGGCAUGGUUUGCAAAUUCGGCAUAUCAAGCACAUGAGGUGGUUGGCGAGAGUAGCAGUCACGGUUGCACUACCACGCCUAUGCAUUGUGCUUGGAGAAAGCAGCAGAUGUCACUUGACGCUACCAUCUGAUACAUGGCGCGACAUUGCAUGGAAUAAUAAUGAUACAGAUCGGACGAGAUUGCAAACAGCACUCAGUGUAAAAGUCAUGUCACCAAAGAGGUCCUGCUCCUACUGGUAUCAAAUUUCUCACUCGAUACUCAUUGCGCGCUGCGUAGUCUCCAUUCCUGUAGGCCAAGGAUCCCGUUUGGGGACAGACAGAGUAUCAUUAUUUCUCACGUUUUAGUUCAUAGUGUGCCUGUUGUGUAAGGUCAUAACUACGUCCAAGAAUGCCUGGGGCGGUGCAAUAAAAAAACAAGCUCGCGGACCAUGGAUUGUUUCUGUCCUGCUCCAGGAAACAACACUGCAAUUUCUAGCUUACAAUCCGUGUUCGAGUAGCCAAUUGACUACUAGAGUAUCCGCACUUGACUAUCUGCCUGUCUCAAAAACAAUCAUUCAGAUGCUUCGUUGUGAUUCUGCACUACUCCCGCCUGAAACAACCUGGGAACCUUCAAGGUGGUGGCUGCCUGCAAUCUUGGCACGUGCGGUACAAACUGCAAGUACGUCGACUUUAAGUAGCCUGGCUUCCGUUGCAGCAUCGUUGGCAGUGAAUGACGCCGCCAGACAUGUCACAUGCUGCAUCACAUGGACCAAAAGUGAAGUUCCUAUUGCAGCCAAGAAAAUGCAAAAUCGCCUCAGUGUCGCAUUUGGACUCCAAAGACGCGGAAUCAUUGCUGCAAUUGCACCUGUAGCUGGAACUCGCUCUUUCUGCCAAGUGAAAAACGCAGAAGGCAUGGAACUGACACGUGCAAACUUCGUCACUCUUCAUUUUAGUGCCGAUUCAGAUACUCCGCUCUUGCCACGGCUUCUUCACCUCUCAAAAAGAAAGGAUGAUGUAAUAAGAAAGCUGAUUCAGGCCCCAAUUGGAACGCCAUUGCGUAAGGUUGUUCUCAAAGAGGCCAGAGGCGAUAGCGUCCUGUGGCCCGAGAAAGUUGUUAUCUGUUUUGCUGACAUUGCCUCUUGCUCGAAGUUUUCUUUAAAAUGCACCUGUGUAAAUGUACGCGCGACAGCAAUACUACGAGAACAUUCAGCCGGAGGAUUAGUGCAAACCGUCUACGGGACGGCGCUCUGGAUGAGUCCAAUUCAAAACGUAGCAACAGAUCCAAACGAGACAAAUAAGACUAGUGGCCUGAUGAUCGCACAUACUCUGGCAUCGCAAGACGCCGACGCAACGGCAGCACGUAAGGCAAAUUGUAGGGCCCAAAAUCAUAUUAAAGCCACACGCCUCGACCAAGUUAACAUAGCAAAAAAUCAGUGGCGUGAUGUGGCGGAGCGACGUUUGUUGGCUUUGUUACCAUGGAUGGAGCGAGCAAGUCGAGUGACUAAAGGGUCUGGCGGGUUGGUGAGAUGUCAUCACCCUCACACGAUAACAUGCCUAAGUACUCUCCAAGUACAUGCAGAGGCUUCACUGCAGAGAGCACAUGGGGAUGUCUUCGACGCUGUGACAUCAAUGAUACGUAAUUGACGCAUCCGCGCCUGAUUUAGUUUACAAUGACCAAUUUUACGUGUACUGGCAGGAUCAUCAUCGAGCGACGGCACGAGAGCAAAAGAGGAUGUUUCAGGAGGCAAUUUACAACUUUGGAACUUGUGGCGUGGACUCGUGCUAACGCAUGCAUGUCAGUGUGCGCUACCUUUUGCCACAUGUGCGGUUCCAUACUGUACACUUGCUCGUGCUCUUGUUCUUGCUUCAGAGGAUCCACAAGCAGAAAACCAUUUCGUCCCUAUUUAAGUUCUCUGUAGAGGAGUCGCGGCUGUGUCAAUAUUAAUAUCCGCCUGCCCCUUAUUUCCUCCAAAUUCCCCAUUGGAAAUAUUUUUUAUCGGAAUUGUCGCUUAAGGUCAAAAUGAAGCACACCGUGCCAACCCUAUUGGAGGUAGUUGGGAGUUCAAACAACUCGCAAUGGGGAACUAAGGUCAGCCAGCAAAUUGACAUGCUCUUAGCUUCGGAAGUGACUCCAGAUGGACGAUUAAAAGUCGUCGAUUCAACAACUAGUCAACUCAGGAUAGCCGAUGAGCACGGUACGUCAACGGCCUCAUCCACGCGGCGCAAGAUAAUUCUAUCGGCUGAACAGAGAUAUUCGAGGCCGGAGUACCGGCGCGUGUGUGCAUACCAGAAUGAAUUGGACAUAGAGACAGAGCUUGACCCAAGGAGACAUACGCCUCUUGAAGAAGGACAUGCAAUUGAAGAAGGACAUGCAGCCAGCGCCCCUGCGAAGCAAGAAACUCUGGUGUUUUCCAGAAUUGCUAUUCCAAGGUUCUUAGCGGCUGCUCUGCUUUGUCAUCAUAGGGAAUUUGAUGCUCUAGGCACGCCAGCUGGAGCUACCUUCAGAUCGGUUAGUGACCUAAAGUUUUGUGGAAACAGCUCUUUCUUUACCUGGUUGCUUGGCCGCCUUCGUCUCGACUACCGAAUUGACAGAAAAACCGCGGAUCUCAAGUUCAACUUGGAACACGGACGAGCUGCACUGAGCCUUUCUGGGGAACUUUGCUUGCUUCGUAUACUACAGUAUGUGCCAAAUCAAAGAAAACCCCGGAAAGUACACACAAAUAUACUAACAACAGACCAAGCUGAUGAAAAGAUAGAUCUAAAUCUAACGCCGUUUGAAAACAAACCGGGCAGGAAGCUCAUUCUUGAUGUUUAUUCAACAACUUCAUCUAGUUGUGGCACACUUAUGGUCACCAGACACAUGAUAUGUGCAGCCAUGCCGCUGCGGGGAGACCGUUGCGUUCAACGGGCUGCAUGGUUGCUUUAUCUCAACAGCGAUGCCGAUCUAGCUGACUGGCUACUUCGCCAUGCUUCGGUAGUUUUAAAGCGCCAGGGUAGCAUAGUCAGUUUUACAAGUCGCCGAUGUUUCGUUGCUGUGAUAACCAUGUUCCUACCAAAUAGACAAUCAACCGCACGACUUCUGAAAACGGAAAUGCCGGGCGGUGUUAGACACCAUGAAGAAUGGGAAACGAAGUAUUCAGGUUUUCCUACACAGACCACACGAGCCCUUCGCUUGGCUUCCGGAAGGAAGGGCUUGGCACUCUACCGGCGUGGUAAGGCCCCUGUCUACGCACACAUCACAACCAGUGAAUGGGCUUUAAUGACAUCCACGGACAAAACAAAGUGACCGUGACCUUGAAACUCGGGCGCUGCCUCUGUGUUCUUCUUAACCGCCCCUUCCCGCUCGACCUGCUUGCUCGCCAAACUGGACGUCCAAAAGCGUCCGGAAGAACCCAGCAGGGGGUUCCAUGGCACCGCAGGCUAUGACCACCUUACUUCGACCUGAGGGUGACGUUAGGGACAAUUGAAGCUAGACUUACUGCUAUUGAUGAUGAUAAUUAAACUUGGUGCCUGCAGGCUCGGAGGUCCACCAGUGCGCGCCGGCUACCAUGCGGGUUUUCUUUCAUACCUAAGCCUUAGACUAGCGCAUAUGGCAAUCUAAUCGUCCUCGGAUUCACUUUCUUCUGACGCCGAGUCCCCAAUAGAGUGGUCGUCAAAGCUUCAUUCAGGUCACAACUCGUGCAGCGGCCCCGCGCUGCGUUGAUGAUGAUGUUCGCGGCCUCGCGGGUCAUAUUGCGGGCAUUAGCGACGGCCACAACAAUACAAUAAGGGCACCAUGAGCCACCACGAAAGAUGACGUAAAGAUCCACAUCAUCUGGCUGCCCAGCUGGUGAUAAAAAAAAGGGAUUUGUGAUCAGAAUAGGCCGAAUCCAGUGUCAAGGGGCUAUUGGGCUGUAGCCGCAGUGUAGCGCCAAGUGUAGCGCCUCACUUAGUAGACGGGGGACGUGACGGGGGGGCCCCCCUAAUCUGAGAUUCGAGUU